CCUCACCUUUACCAUCUCCAUCACACCUGCUGUCUCUAACCUAAGAAGCUCCAAAUUCAAUAUCUCUACUUCAAAUCCACGACUUCUCACUGUUCAAGGGAUUUGACAACAGAAAAGAAUGAUGCAAGCGGUUUCGGUUUUACCUUCUUCCAGCACUUUCAGUGAUUCCCGUCCUUUCACGGUUCACGAUGAAAUUUCUGAGGAUUUGGCUGACAAUAUGAGGACCAAGAUGAAGAUUGGUGAUGUGGUUCAAGAGAAAGACCAGGAACAAGAGGAGGAAGAGGAGGAAUUCAGCUUUGAUUGCGCGAUCCCGGAUGGAUCACCGAUUUCGGCCGACGAUGUGUUUGACAACGGCCAGAUCCGACCUAUGUAUCCUAUAUUUGAUAGAAGUCUUCUCUUCGGCGACGGGUACGACGGCUCCUCCGCUCCCCGGCCGCCGUUGAAGAAGGUCUUCGUGGAACAAAGCGGUCAAUUUUCUUCUUUGUCCUCGGCGUCUGAAUCGGACGAACCUGAUGGCACGCCGGAGGGGCCGUACUGUGAAUGGUCCGAGAAAAUUGCGGUGGAGGCCUCGAGCGCGAAAUGCGGUAAGAGCAAUUCCACAGGUUUCUCCAAGCUAUGGAGGUUCCGAGAAACGAAGCUCCGGAGCAAUAGCGACGGCAAGGACGCUUUCGUCUUUUUAAACCCUUCGGACAAUAGAAGCACGGGCGUUCAGCCCGAGAAAGCGGUGACAACGAAGACGAACUCCGGCGAAGCAAAAAACGUCGCGGUGAAGAAAGUCAAGGGAGGGAAUAGUAAGACGACGUCGUCAGCACAUGAGAAGCAUUAUGUGAUGAACAGAGCGAAGAAGGAAAGUGAAAAAAAGAAGUCGUAUUUACCAUACAAACAAGACAUGUUUGGGAUCUUUGCGAAUGUGAACGGAAUGAGCAGGAACGUUCAUCCUUUCUGAGUUUGUUGGUCCCGAAAUUAAAAUGUUGAUUUUAUUCAUUAAAAUUAUUUAUUGAUUAUUAUGUAAAUAUACUAAGAUGAUAAUGGUAGGGGAGGCCAUUUUUGUAUUGGGACUUCGACCUUUUUGUGUAAAUUAUGUAAUUGAUUAUGGAAAAAAAUUUCCUGCCAA